CAGAUACUGAAGAAGAAUCUAUUGAAAAAGAAUUCAUUGAAAGAGAAUCCACCAAAAUAGUAUCUACUAAAAUAGGUAGUAAAAAAGCGGAAAGUUCAAUCAUAAGUGAUACUCUGGUUUCUCUUAUGAAAAAGACAAAAACCGCUACCACUAUCCUAAAAGACAAUAUUUUUACUGUACUAAGUAACAGUAGUGAUGGUGAGGAAACUGAAGGAUAUAGAAGUGACGAUAAAACACUAUUGCAAAUACUAACACAGUUUCAACACAUGAGCAAUGAAUUUGAAGCUGCAAUAUGA